AUAUUUCUUCAAUAUUAUAAGAGUCAGAACAUAAGUACAAUAAAAAUAUAUAGGCAUUUCGCCACAAUUAUGUCAAAAACUUCCAAUAUAUUCUGGACUUCAUUAUUAAUUAUCCUAUGUAAUCCUUAGUGAUAUUUUGUGAAACUUCAUUAUUUAGGUUAGAUAUAAAUUGUUCAUGUAUCCUUCUUCCUAAUUUUACGAAAUCCUUAAUAUCCAUUAAUCGGAACUACAACUAAUUAACUAAAAUUUUAAAACAUGGAUUAAUUGCUACAAUAUUGCCAAUAGAAAGAAGAAAGAUUGUGAUAUAAAGUCUAAUAUGAGAUGUUAUUUUUCAGCUUUAAUCAAAUAUUCUCUUUUUUUUGUAAGCCACUCCAUCCCUAAUAACCUACUUAUGUAAGAUGAUCAUUAUGUGCUUUACCAC